UUGUGACGUCACUGAGACUGGGAAACUGAUAGUCUCGGGGCGUGGUCAGCGAGAUUCUGCGGGUUGGAGGAGGGCAAGUUGGCGGAUUGUUUCAGAAAUCGAGCAAAAGAUGGAUCAAGUUGGCAUUUUGGCGUUGUUUUUGAUCGUCUUGUGUCACUUUUGGGCCGCCGAAGGCGAAGGAAGGGGUCGCGGCUUCAUCGGACACGUAGACCCCCAGGCCUCUGACCGGGUAGUGGUGGACCGGGCCACCUCGGAGACUCUCCGGAGCCCCCUCACCACCGUCUUCCUGCCCGUCGUCUACAUCGUGGUCUUCGCGGUGGGCCUGCCCGCCAACGCCAUGGCCGUCUGGGUGUUCCUGUUCCGGACCAAGAAGAAGCACCCGUCGUCCAUCUACAUGGCCAACCUGGCCCUGGCCGACCUGCUCUUCGUCAUCUGGACGCCGCUGAAGAUCGCCUACCACCUGGCCGGCAACGACUGGACGUACGGCGAAGGACUGUGCAAGGUCCUGGUGGGCUUCUUCUACGGGAACAUGUACGGCUCCAUCUUAUUCAUCGCCUGCCUCAGCGUGCAGCGCUACUGGGUGGUGGCGCACCCGCUUUCCCAGCAGCGCAAGAACAAUAAAGUGGCGGUGGGCGUGUGCCUGGGCAUCUGGACCUUCAUCUGGCUCACCACCACGCCGCUGUACCUGUACGAGCACACGGCCCGGCUGCGGGAACCCGCCGUCACCACGUGCCACGACGUCAGCGUCAUCCGGAACCCGGACGAUCCCUUCGCGUCCGUCCGGCUGCCUUACUUCUAUUUCGUGCUGAUGGGCGCGGCGGUGUUCCUGGCGCCGUGCGCGGUCAUCGUGGUGGCGUACGUGCUGCUCCUGCGGGCGCUGGGCCGCGGCCCGGAGGACGGCGCGGCGUCGAAGAACCGGCGGAGGGCCGUGCUGCUGAUCGUCGUGGUGCUGCUCACGUUCCUGGUGUGCUUCAUCCCCAGCAACGUCAUGCUGGUGCUGCACUACUCGCUGCUCAAGGACGGCUCGCCGGACAACGGCUACGCCCUCUACGUCGCCACCUUGUGCUUGGCCAGCCUCAACAGCGUCCUGGACCCGUUCAUCUACUACUUCGUGUCCGACGACUUCCGCCAGCACGUCAAGAACACGCUGCUGUGCCGCAGCAGCCGGACGGUGGAACGCAUGCGGGUGUCCUUCAGCUCCAUGAAGUACUCCAGGAAGAGCAAGUCCUACGUGUCGGACUCCGGGAACACGCAGAGCAGCUCGUGUUAGCCGCCGGAGGGAACAGACAGACGGACGACGACUGGGCAGGUACCGCUAACCGAGAAAGGACUUUUAAAUACUUUGCAUGCUGCUUUAGCUUGUAGUCUGUCCAGCAAGACUGGGAAUUUUACCAAAGACUUUUUUCCAGAAGUGUUUUUAACCUCAUGUAGUGUUACAUUGUUUUGUAAAUAAAUCCCAGAAGCCACUAUUUGACCGUUCUCGCUAACGAUUCCUACGUAACGUUGCUCCGUGACUGCGUAGGUGCUAGAAGCGUGGCGUCGAGGCGGCUCGGCUGGAAUCCCCGGACUGCGGCUCCGUCCACGGUGGUCCCGGUCUUGGCUUGCCCAGAUAAGAAAGAGUUAAACACAGAAAACUGUCCUGCGCUGAACUAGCCUCCACCGACCUGCCGAGGACGGCGUUUUUCCGAUCAUCAGCUUCAAAACCCAGAGUCUUGCGUUCUCGCACGGGCGGUACACCGCGGCAUUUACCGCAAUUCUCGGCCGACAGAGCGCACCUGGUAAUAAGCCUCACCCGGUACAUUUGUAAAGGAAGUACCAUUUGGUACAUAGAUACGCCGCAGCUGUGUAAAAGCCGCAAGCGCCCACAUUGAAACACGAGAUAUUUAGCUAGUUUAACGCUAGCGCCGCUGCGCAAAUGCUAACGCUAGCGCCGCUGCUCAAAUGCUAACACUAGCGCUGCGCUAACAGGGCCGUUUAACAAAAAAACAAACAAAAAAAAAACGAUAAAAAUCACCAUGACACGGCAGUAACACGCUUGCGCAGCGCGAACGGGGCCGGACCGGUAAAAGUCACUUCCUCGGCACAUAUAUUCCACCAUUAACUGAACACCCACAGUUUUCAGCGCAGCCAAUUUCACCCGCACUUUUUCCCGGCGAAAGAUUUCAACGAGGGGUUGUGCCAAUCAAACUCAAAAACUAAAUAGUUUAACGUUCAUAUCUAGUAGAAGUCUAGAGAUGUCUCAAAUUAGCCAAAUGUUAGCCUACAUCGCGCUAAUUGAGGUUUUACGCUCAGUCGAAUCAAAUCUUUGCAGAAAUAAUUUUUUUACACACGGACAAAUGUUACUGCAGUCGCACACGCAACUCCGUGUGGAAAUAAGACGACGGGGAAAAUGGUUUCCGUCAGAAACGCAAAAAUAUGUUUUUUUUUAUUUGUAGACAAUUUUCACUUGUUUCAAACUCAUUUUUACUUGAAAUGGGUAAAACAAAAAUUGCAAAUGGAGUGGGGUGGGGGGACUUAAUUCCAUUGGUUAAUAAUUGACACCCCACCCCCGCCCCCACUCACAGGGUCGGGGGUGAAAGGUCAGACGAGCUCCUCGUAAGAGGUCGAUGAUUGUUGCCGAGCGAGUGUCGGGUUACCUUUUGUUGAUUCUUUUUGUGGGUCGCAUUCAAGACGCACAAUUAGACAAAAUUGUUGCCUUCAAAGAGCUUUCCGGAUCCUGAAGAUAUGAAGACAAUCCAGUAAUUGUGUGCGGCUUCCGUCUUUACUCGUCAUUUCAUAUUUUUUUUUAAUUUAUCACAUGUAUAUAUUCUUAAUUUUAAUUGCUUUUUUUUUUGUAACAUCAAUUUCU